GCAUUAUUACACCCCAUUCUCUGCAAGCAAUAACAAUGCAUCUCUUUCCCUUCAUCCCUUUUUUCAUUUUCAAUCUCUUCUUCUUCUUCUUCGUCAGCAACAUCUCCAUCAUCCUAGGACAACAACCUUAUAUUGGUUUAGCAACAAAUGCAUGUCCACGAAAAGGCGAUUCAAAAUCAAUCCGAGGUUACACAUGUAACGGCAAAACUCAAACAUGCCAAGCAUACCUCACCUUCAGAACUCAACCAAUUUACUCCUCAGUUUCAACAAUAUCAUCAUUACUAGGCUCAAAUCCAUCUCAACUCGCCGAAAUAAACUCCGUUUCUUUAAACGAAACAUUCGAAACAAACAAAAUGGUAAUUGUUCCUGUCAAUUGUUCUUGUUCUGGUAACUAUUAUCAAGCAAAUACAUCCUAUGUUUUUCAAAACACAGACACUUAUUUUAUAGUUGCUAACAACACUUUUGAAGGACUUUCAACAUGUCAAGCUUUGAUGCAUGAAAAUCAUAAUCCUGGUGAUGUAUAUCCUGGUAGAAAACUACUUGUUCCUCUUAGAUGUGCUUGUCCUACAAAGAAUCAAACUCAGAAAAACAUAAAGUAUCUUUUGAGUUAUUUGGUUGAUUGGGGUGAUUCUGUUUCAUUCAUUAGUGAUAAAUUUGGUGUUAACUUUAGAACCACUCUUGAAGCUAAUACACUUUCUUUAACACAAUCUACAAUUUAUCCCUUUACAACACUUCUUGUUCCUCUUUUUGAUAAGCCCUCAAGUUCUCAAAUUCAAACACAUCAUUCUCCUUCAUCAUCCCCACCUUUAUCUUCUUCUUCUUCGACCGACAAAAAAUCGAAAAAAACUUGGGUUUAUGUUGUUGUUGGAGUACUUGGAGGAGUUGUAAUUGUAGCUUUAAUAUUAUUUUUAUAUGCUUUCAUUUCCUUCAAAAAGGGUAAAAAGAAAAAUGAUUUUUUGGUGAGUGUUUCUGAAAGUACUAUUUUUGAGGAAAAAGAGAAACCAAUGAAGAAAGAAGAUGAAAAAUUGUCUGAGAUUAUAUGUGGUAUAGCUCAAUCUUUCAAAGUGUAUGAUUUUGAGGAAAUUAAGGUUGCAACUGAUAAUUUUAGUCCAAGUUGUCGGGUUAAAGGAACUGUUUAUCGCGGCCUUAUUAAAGGCGAUUUGGCUGCGAUUAAGAAGACAGAAGGAGAUGUUUCAAAAGAGAUACAAAUUCUAAACAAAGUUAACCAUUCCAAUGUUAUUCGUCUUUCCGGUGUUAGCUUCAAUCAAGGACAUUGGUACCUUGUUUAUGAGUAUGCUGCUAAUGGAGCAUUAAGUGAUUGGUUAUUUUCUAACAAAAAAAUGGAUGAUGGAAAUAUUCUGAGUUGGAUUCGGAGAAUAAAGAUUGCAUUAGAUGUGGCAAUAGGAGUUGAAUAUCUUCAUAGUUUCACUUCUCCUCCACAUAUUCAUAAGGAUCUAAAGUGUAGUAACAUACUUCUUGAUAGUGAUUUUAAAGCAAAGGUUGCAAAUUUAAGGCAUGUAAGGUGUGUGGAAGAAGUUGAAAAUGAUGAAGAAUUUGUUGCUACAAGACAUAUUGUUGGGACAAGAGGUUACAUGGCUCCUGAGUAUUUGGAAAAUGGUCUUGUUUCUACAAAGCUUGAUGUGUAUGCAUUUGGUAUUUUGAUGUUGGAAAUUAUUACAGGAAAAGAGGUUGGUUUUAUGAUAUCAAAAGAUAAUGAGAAUUUGUUGGAUGUUUUGAGUGGAAUACUUGGUGAGAAAAGUGGUGAUGAGAAGUUGAAGGAGUUUAUGGAUCCUUCAUUGCAAGGAAAUUAUCCAUUUGAACUUGCUAUGUUUGUGAUUGAAAUUAUUCAGAAUUGUUUAAACAAGGAUCCAGGAAAUAGACCUGCUAUGGAUGAGAUUGUACCAGUUUUGUCAAGAACAUUGAAUUCUUCAUUGAGUUGGGAAAUGUAAGUGAAUGUUCCUAGAAACUAAGGGUUAAGCAGGGCCUCUUGAUGUUGAAGAAGUUGAAAAAGGAUACUUAGAUCAGUCAAUGGUAUUAUGUGUUUGUUAAGUUCUUGUUUUGUUUGUCAAUAUGUCAUAUGUUAGUACUAAUCUAUGAAGCAUGGAUACAGACACGGACACUGACACAUCGACACCGUUAAUAAUUUGAGAAAAUCACAUAAUUUGGCAUAAUUAUAUGUGUCAGCAUCGUGUCGAUGUCAACACAACACGUGUCCGAUAAGGGGACACGCCUAAUUUGAGAAGUGUUCGUGCUUGUAAUGUGUUUGUUAAGCUAGUAGGCUUUUAUAGAUUGGUAUAUAUAUUUGAUGUAUGAUGCUGUGAAAUAUGAAUGAAUAAGAAUUUUAGUUGUCUUCAAGUGCAA